UCAUAUUGCACGCACAGUCGUGUGGACGAGAACAGACUUAGCGAUACUCGAAAGGACAAUUUUGUUUUCACAUCACACUUCUGAGUACGGUCAUCACACAGCACGUCUACGGGAAAGCGUAGGCGCGACCACCCAGCGUUCUACGUGGUUCGUCCUCCAUCAUUCAUAGGUUGUACCUCAUUACAGUUACAACUAACACGUUGUCAACAAUUGGAAGCUGCCUAAUAAACUACUGAGUACUACAAGCCUACAUCGCUUUCUCAGACGCGUUAGAUUUGAAGUAGAGAAACAUCAUGUCACUUGAAGAUCCAUUCUUUGUUGUGAAAGAGGAGGUGGAGAAGGCUGUGAACACAUCAGAGGGACUCUACCAGAGAUGGACUCAGCUCCUAGAAGACACAAACAGUGUGAGCAAGGAGGAGUAUGACUGGACCAUGAACGAACUCAGGAAUAGUCUUAGGAGUAUUGAAUGGGACGUAGAAGAUCUAGAAGAAACCAUCAGCAUUGUUGAAGCAAAUCCAAGGAAGUUCAGGAUAGAGCCCAGUGAUUUGGACACGAGGAGACUCUUUGUCACAAGGACCAAAGAUAGAGUCCGAGAGAUGAAAGAGCAUAUGAGCAGUCCAGGGACCAAGACGAGAGAAGACAAGAAAUCAAGACAGUCUCUGUUACCCAAUGGCCCAGGACGGCCAAAGCACAAGUACAGUCGACUAGAGCAGGAGGCUGAAGAUGAGAACCAACGAUUCAUCCGAGAUAGCAACCAGCAACAACAGCUAAUAAUGGAAUCACAAGAUGAUCAAAUAGAUAGAGUAGCAGACAGUGUGGGUGUGCUGAAGAACAUGAGUCACUCGAUAGGGAACGAGCUCGAUGAACAAGCAGUGAUGUUAGAUGACUUCUCUACAGAGCUGGAGAACACGGAAUCUAGGUUAGACGGCGUCAUGAAGAAAAUGGCCAAGGUCACAAGGAUGUCAAAUGACAAGCGGCAAUGGAUGGCAAUAGCAGUGCUUCUGGUGGUCAUGCUCAUCGUCAUCAUCCUGUUCUUCAUAUGACACUUACGACAUGACCGUCUCCAGGAUUCCAUUAACCCUCCACUGGGAGAGAGCCUCUUCAGAGCCACCAAGGGGUGCAAACUUGCCCCCCUCAUCCAUGUGAAAGACUCCUGAAAGGAAUUUACUUUUUGAGUAAAAAACAAUCUUGUGUGGAUGAUACAAUGAACCCCUCUGUCAAGGAAUCUCUGUAGGGGUAACUGAUGUACCUGUAUGCUGUAGGAACCAACUACAUUAUGCAAACGCUGCUGCUCGUGUGGUCGGAGAGCUUUGAAGUUAUAUUAUUGGACAUGGGGCUACCUGAAUGCAGACAGCAUCGAACUGGCUGGCGUUUCACAAAACUUGUCAUCAGUGACAAAUGACAGUUUUCGUUAUAAGCUACUGAAAUCCUUGCUUCUGAUUGGUUAUCAGCAGAUUCGUCACUGAUUUUUGUCAUUUGUCAUUGAAAAAAAACUUUGUGAAAGGGGCCCCUGAUUGACGAUUAGAUGAUAGUACUAUGUAUGACGAAUAUGCUUAGAUGUGUUGUAAGGUACUAGUGUUGCACUGAAGUAGUUUUUUUAUUUGUCAUAGUUGCAGCUUGCAAGUUUUGCCUGUUUGUGCAUGUACAAGGUAUAAGGCUUUAACAGGGAGUAUUUUUUUUGCAUUUUAUUACAUGGAAACUAGAUCUGAUAUUGCACAACCUGCUUGAGAAUUCAUCAGGUAUACAGUCAGACUUGACUUCUUGGCCACCUGUCAAUAGUGGCGAAGCAGUUUGCCUCCCUCGAGAAAGAAAUGUGUGUUUAGGAACCUCUCUAGAAAGGCCACCUGUCUAC